AUGCCUGUGUCACUAACUCUCCCCCGCCGCCCUCCGUGCACCUGCUUGUCUGUCCUCUCCCAUCCUGCAGGCCUCGGCUCCUCGGUGUACUGCUUCACCAGAGGACAGCGCCUCUGGGGGUGGCUGGCCCUUUCUGUGCUCCUGCCUAGCUUCCUGGUCCAGGGCCUGAGCUAUCUGUGGUUCCAGGCAGACGGGCACCAAGGUCAGCUGCAGUUCUCCUCUGCAGGGAGCAGCUGGAAGCAGGGAGAGUCAGGAGACACCUAUCUGUUCAACAUCGCCAAAAAGCGUGAAGAUGGAGGACGGCCGGCGGCGUCUUCAAGCUGCAAGCCCGUGAUGGCUGUUCUCGAUGAAGCGGGCGCGUACGGCUUUUUACUCAAGCUGAGUAACGGUGCCCAUCUCGCCAUGCAGGAGGACGAGGAACACGUGGGCCCGGCCCCCCGGAGGCGGUGCGGCAGCUUCGAGCCCGCUCUGCACGCGCGAACAAAGUUAUAUUCCUGUACUCAGGACUCUGGAGUCUGGAGUUGUCAGGCCCCGGGGGACGGGGCGGGAGGGAGGAGAGGUGGUUGCAGAACUUCGGAGAACAUAAUAACCUCAUGUUCUUCCUUUUCUUUUGUCUCAGGCAGCAUCUCACUGGUCAUUUACUACAGCCUACAGCCCCCCAGCUCCACAGACAGGUGGCAGGGCUGGUGUGUCAGGGCCACCCCUGUCUGGGAGUCGUGUGCCAUCCCAAGGGGAGGUAAUGCAGGCACGGAAGCCCCUCCCCGGGCCUCGGCUCCAGCUGGGGAGAAGCUGGGGAGCCUAGGCACUCGCCAGGGAAAAUGUCACGAGUUCACCCGCCAGGGAAAGGUCCCCAGCCCACUGUGGGGACCCCCCAACGCUGGGCUAGAAAGCCAGACUGCUCUGGAGGAUCCUUUCCUCAGUCACCAUCACUGGCUGUUGGUGUGACUUGCCCUAAAGACAGGAAAUGUGUCUAAGAUCGACACAGCCUUUGGAGAAGACAGUCCUGGCCACUUUCAUCUCCUGGCUUUGGGGGUGAACCAGCCCUAACCACAGUAAGGGACACCCCUGUUUUCCCAGCCAGAGCUCCCACUGUUACCCCAGGACCUGUCCUCAGAGAAAGGCUCUGAGUUUCAGAGUGUCCUGACCUCAGAAGCGGACCUGUUGGAAACCUCCAGUUUCGUCCCCUUUGCCAGUGACAGUCGGGACCCAGCUCCUGCCCAGAAGCAGUCCACAGGACAGAGGGAGCACAGCCUGGAGGAAGGAGCCGGCGCUCUUUCUCCAGGGCGGGGCAGGGGCGGUGGGCGGAGAGGAGGGGAAGGACCAGAGGGCUGCACACUGGGCUUCAGUGCCACGGUGGAGGGGGGUCGGGCAGGCAGGCAAUUCCGCCGACAUCCCACUCCCCUUGGCUGGCCACGCGGCCCUUCCCUGCUGCCAUGGCUGACAUCAGCUCAGUCCUAG